AUGAAAAGGACAAAAAGGCGAAGCGAAUGCUACGAUGAGAACGGUGCCCCGCAGAGGUGUGUACCAGAGUUCGUCAAUGCCGCUUUCAACCGCGUCGUCGAGGUGACCAACACGUGUGGGGUCACUCGACCGACCGAAUAUUGUGUGCAGACAGGUCACAGCGGUAUGACUAAACUAUGUGACGUAUGCGACGCUCGUGUGCCGUCCUUGUCACAUCCAUCGGCGUACCUCACCGAUUUCAGCAACCCUCAGAAUGAGACAUGGUGGCAAUCGGAGACAAUGGCCGAGGGCGUGCAGUACCCUAACUCCGUCAAUCUUACCCUCAGACUAGUUGUGGACGGACGGCGCGGGCGGAUGGAGGACGGUGGUGGCGUGUGUCGGCAUUCGAUCAUCGCGGCUUACAGCCACCACUGCUAUCGCGUCGAACCUCGCCUCGCCUCGCCUCGCCUUGCCUCAUCUCGUCGCGUCUCGCUUCCUCUGAUGUGUGGCCGUGCCAGCUGCCAUUAA